UCAUGUAAAUUUAAUAACUGCCAAUAAUUCUCAUUUGAAGAGGAAUUCUGAUUUUGAGGAUUUAAACAUCAACACAUCCACAAAUAUUUUUAUGAAUAUUAAGAAUACAUAUCCUACCAUCGGUUCCUCAGGUUCCGAUGAUUUAGGGUACGAAGGAUCUUUGGGCUCAAAUUAUUCUCCUUGCAACACAAAUAACCGUAAAGAUGAUAUUUUAUAUUCUAAUCCGAAUCCUAGUAUACAAACUAAAGAAUCCAUCAAAAUAAUUAAAAAUAGAAAAGUGCAGAGGAAAGCAUCAAUCCAACACUAUUAUUACGGCGAAGAAAAAGAGGGCCUCAGAAAUUCGGACAUUAAAGACCAAAUAAUCUUGACAGAAAAGUAUAACGGGGGUCUAAAAUAUAAUAAUAAACGCGGUAGCAAACUCAAAGAAAAAUGUAUCAAUAUCGCAUUAGAUUCGAUGCAUGUUGAUUCCAGUAUUUCGAUUGACAGGGAUUACGAAAAAGAAACUUUUAGGAAGUUUCCAAUCAACGAAAAGGAAUCUGUCUAUGCGAGUGGAAGAAAUACUAAGUCUAUUUGGAUCGAUGAGAGAAGGAAAACAUUAACGGAAGAUAACUGCCAUGAUGUUCGCGUUCGAAAUGAUGUGCAGAAUAAUGAUAGAGGAGUACACAUAAUGAAAGAGAAAAAUGUGUGGACAAAACUUGAAAAUCAUUAUGAACCAACUUCCGAUUCGCAAUGCAAAAUUAUUGAAGAAAUAAACCCAAAACUUAGCUAUACUUUUUUAAAUGAUCUCUUUAACACCGGUAAAGAGUGCGAAAACUUUGAUCAAACGUUGAAAUUCCCCUUGCCUUAUUUAGAUAAAACGAAUUCAAUAUUCGUUGAAAGAAAUUGGAUAUAUACAAAUAUGAUACAAAAACUUAAUUUAAAUGGGCUCCGAAACAAAGAUGAAGAUGAAUUGGAAAUUAAGGGAUUCGUAAUAACAGGAAAAACGGGUUCAGGGAAAACUGCUAUCUUAAGGGAAAUACUUAGACAUAGUCCAGUUUUUAGGAACGAUGCAUCCGCUUUGUUAAAUAAUGCUUCAUCAACCAAUUAUGACAUAUCGUUCAUAAAUGACAAUUUAAUAUUAUCGUUACAAAUGCGGGAACGACAAGCUCAAUCAAAUAAUCAAAACUGUUCAUACAAUAAGGAUAGCGAUAAAGACAAAAAUUCUCAAAAUUAUCGGUGUACAUCCAAUAGCAUUAACAACAAUAUUGAUAGCAACAGUCAAUUAAAUCACCCUAAUCUAUGCACUGAUAGACUAUUACUUACGCCCCAGCUUCAAAGGAGAAAUCGGAGGCUGGAAAAUUUUUAUGAUAAGGCUGGUGUUCCUAAACUAAAUAAACAUCAAACAGAGUAUCCUAUUAUAACGACCCCGCUCUUAUUCAAAAAAUUCAGUACCAAAAUGUCACCCGAAUCCAUAAUUCGCAGGAAAACAAGUUUGCUAAACGCUUCGGCCUCCUUUCGUAUUCCUAACAGGAGCCCGCCUACAAAACCAUUAAUCAUGACCCGAUUUGACAGACGCGGCGCUGAUAAGGAAGAAAUUGACGAUACAAGAAAGACCAUUUUAUUAGAUAAGUUUUCCUCUAAGAAGAUUUCUGUCCUUCAUAGUGGCGAAAACGAAACUUCUUUUGAUGACCAAAUGAUAUUACCUUUAGAAUGUCUGGGACAGAGCGUAUUGGCUUACCACUUUUGCCAGCUGGAAGAUGUGUCCACGUUGUCUGUUCCUCAUUUCGUAAUCAAUAUAGCUCGUCAACUCUCCCAAGCCAUGCUUCACUAUUGGCCUCUUCACUGUAAUAACAUUAUAUUUCAAUCAUCCUCGGUUGUUGAAGCCGACCCAGUCGAGGCCUUUUAUCGAUUAAUAGUGGCUCCACUAGAGAAAUUAAAAUUGAGAGGCUGCCUACCUCAAAAUAAAGCUUUCGUUAUAUUAAUUGACGAUCUCAUUAACACGGAGACGAAAUUCGAUUUAUGCAACUUCGUAACUUACUCCUGUCUCCCUUUGAUACCACCUUGGUUAAAAAUCAUAUUCACUGCUCGAGAAGCUGACCAACAAAUGAGAAUGGGAGGAUUAUUAACUAGUCAAGAAUUCAUUACCCUUUCGAUAAGUCUUGAUGGUUGUUCGGAUGAGCUGGCCAACGAAGGCAAAAGUACAGACAGAGUGGUUUCAGUUAAGGAAGACGCAUACCGUUUUAUCGGACGGAGAAUUCAAUUGAAUCCGAAGGCGAUAUACGAUAAUGUAGUAGGGGCUUGCGAUAACGAAUAUUUGAUGGAAACACCUCACACCGAUUCUCGUCAAAUUAAUUCAUCCACAAUAACAUCGAGUAUGUCAAUCGUAUCAAACAAUUCAACGUCUUCCUCUAAUUCUUCCAGUUCCUUAUCAUCCUCUCAUUCCUUGCAUAAUCAGAUACCUCUACAAAAUUCUAAAGUGAGGGAUUAUGAGCAGCGCCUUCAAGCGGCCACGCUUUUGCCGAAACUAGUGGAUAAUCUAGUAGAAAUGAGUCAGGGCAAUUUACUUUACAUAGAAAGUGUGCUUGACCUGAUUCAAUCCGGGGAUUUAGUCGUUAAAAAUUCUUCCUUUAAAAUACUUCCUCGCUCGUUAGAUGAAAUAUUCGCGCUACGUUUUAACCGAGCAUUUCCUAUAGCUAGCACAUUUAAAAAAGGUUUUUUUGACAUAGCAUUAUCCAUUUUAGUGGCUUCUUUUAGGCCAAUGACUCGAUUUCAAUUCUUAAGAAUUAUGAAUAAAUGGUUCAAGGAUAACUAUAUUGCCGAAAUCAACACGAUGCCAAAUACACUCGAUAUUUCUUUAAACGACUCAUUUUCCCUAAUAUGCGACCAAAAGAACAUAAAGGAAAAUCUCGUUUCUACCGAUAAAGGUGAUUUAAGGGGCAUGGUUGAUAAUAUCCUAGCAACUUUUACUAAAUAUCAAAUUAUUACGCUGCAUCCUUCCGAAAGAAAUGAGAGAGAAUCGCUAGUAAAAAGUAGGAGUCGCAAUGCCUAUCUCAAUAAAACAUGUUUUAGGGACGUAUUGAUAUAUUUGUCACAUCCAUCACUACGGGAUUGGCUUAUCAAUAGGAGUCAUCACAGACUGAGAUUUUCCAUCGAUUGGAAAAUUGGACACCGUAUUAUAUCUAACGACAUUUUAUCUAUUCUUGAACAUGGAAAAAUCAAUAAUAAUAGUAAUUAUUUGAAUAUCUACGAGGCGGCUUCGCAUUUAAUAAAAUCUACAAAUCAAGCAUCUCCGGAUCUUACAGUAUUGAAAAAGUAUUGCAGUUCCGAAAUGCUCACUAGAGCUUUAACGAUUCCGAAUAACUUAUAUCAGCCUGAUAGUGAUAUUAGUCGUUUGCUCAUAAUGUGUGGAGCUGAUUCUAACAUUCUUUUCAAGAUGAAUAAUGAUUGUCUUUUUACUUUGUUAAAUUGGGCGGUAGCUGAUCCAAGAUUAAUAGAUUUUGCAGAAAUGUUAAUAGAAAACGGUGCAGAUCCGUAUGCUGUGAAUGAACUUGAUAAAAUGAAUAGUAUAAUGAUAGCUUCCAGAGAAGGAAACAUGAGAUUUUUGCAAUCAUUACAACUUAAAAGGCCUCACAUUAAUUUUUGGAGGACCGAUGAUAAAGAUUCAAGUGCUCUAGAAUAUGCCAUAAUUUCGGAGCAAUAUGACGUGAUUACAUUUUUGCUCACAUCUUGUUUACCUAACUCAGAGACGGAAUUCAAUGCAAUUACUAAACAUAUUCAAAGAUCUUUUUUAUUCGCAUGCGCACAUUCGAACAUAUCGGCUUGCAAAUUUAUAUUGGAGCAAUUUCAACAUAACUCACCAAAUCCUAAGAUUUUAGUUGAUUCGUCUUACAACACCCCAUUCUAUAUUAAUAUAAAUUCUCAACAACGUUUUAAUAACACCUACUAUGCAAUUACUCCAUUGUGUGCUGCUAUAUUAACUAGCUCUAUUCUUAACUCCCCCGAUCUCAGUACAAACUUGGAUAUCAAUUUUUUAAAUUCUCAAGCUAAAACCCAGAUCGAUUUUAGCUGUGAUAAAAGACAGCAUACAAUCCAAUUUUUGGUAAAUACCGCGAAGGCGGAUAUAUAUGGACAAGCAUUCACUGCCCCUACAAAUAAAACAGAGGGCUUAUCUUAUCUUAGGGGCGUCACUCCGUUAAUAUGUUGCUCUUAUAUUGGAGAUCUUAAAACCUUUAACUUACUCUGCCAAUAUUAUAGAGAGGAAAAUAUAGGCUCAAAAAUAUCAACCAUCUUCUUUGAAGCUUGUGAUGUUUUUAGUAAACGAACGGCCGUCAUUUUUGCUGCCUCACAAGGACAUUCAUUACUUCUGAAACAUCUGAUCAAUGAAGGAGCCAACAUUACUGCGCUGGAUAAACAAGGCUGGUCAGCAUUACAUUGGGCAUGCUAUAACGGUCAUACAGAUGUAUGCUUGUACCUGGUAAAGAAAGCUCAUUUUUUGCUCAACAUUGUAGACAAGUUAGGUCGGACACCACUACACUUAGCGGCUCAUACUGGCAGAAAUAUCAUAGUUGAAAUGUUGAUAGAUAUAGGAGAUUCUCCACUUGACACCCUUGAUAAUGAAAGCUUAUCCCCUCUAGACUUAACAAUUUAUUCACAUCUACGAGAUAUCGAAAAUAAAAUGUCCCAUACGUCAUACUCCUUAAAAUUACUUAAUCAAAAAUACGUAGUGUCCGAGUUUGAGUAUCUAUCAGAUGCCUCGCAUACUAAUAAUGAGAAUGACAUUUGUACUAAUCCAUAUCUAUCUAUAAUAAACACAUUUCUGAACCGAGGAGCCAAGAUUAGAGCUAAUGCAUGGAAGCUUAUGAGUCUUGCAGCCGAUUCGCUAAAUUUAAUCUUCACUUCGACACAAAAUGAAGCCAAAAUCAAAACUACACAAUCAUUUUACUCCCGAAACACUUCAUUCGUAAAAGCUAUUAAAGCCGUUCUUUCGUUGCAAUACAUAUUUUUGUCCAAAAUAGUUCAGGAUGCCAAAGUUCUAACGCACACAAGCUCCACGAUACCAGACGCCGUUUACAGGUACGAAUACGCACUGAAAAAGUUUCCAUCGAUCAGUAAAACCAAUGCAUUUGAAGAUGGACACAAAUCCCCACGAGAAAGUGGGAUAGAUAUUUUGGCUCUAGUCAGUGAGAAAUGCGACGAUUUGGUGAGCUCUUUUACAGAACUCGAAGUCAAUAUAUACGUCAAUUUAUCUCGGUGCAAAUUAUUUCAACAGAAUUAUCCGCUAGCUAUUGAUUAUGCUUCCAAGACCUUAAAAAUUAACCCAAAAUGUUUAGAAGCUUAUUACAUAAGAGCCCUCAUCAAUAAAAGUCAAAAUCAAAUCAACAACGCGUUAAAGGACAUCAAAAACGCCAAGGAAAUAUUAGAGCCGGAGAAUAAAACGUAUAAAUCUCUAUUAACAAACCUUGAAAAUAGUUUGACGGAUUCUAACCUUAAUAUAAAUUUCGUUUUUCCCGUGGCUUAAAAAUAUUAAAAAUUUGUAACUAUUAUAUAUCAGUAUACAUUUAUUUUAAAAAUAUAUAUUUAUUAUAAUAAU